AUUCUAUGCAGAAUGAUUUAAAUCUAUCAUUGAAUGAAGCCCCUAAUAAAUAGACGAUAAUGGUGAUUGGAUUACAAUAAGCUGGAAAGACUACAUUUGUUUAGAAAUUUUCAGCUAUAAAUAAAAAAAUUUUCUAAGAAUCCAAGAUUCCAGAAUACGAUAUAGAAUUAAUUGAUACACCAUCUUAUGAUUCAUUUUUUACAUUGCUACCUUUUAGGGACCCUAAAGUUACUGGAUAUAUCAUAAUCUUUUGUUAGCAAAAUUCCGAAAUAUUGAAAUCGACCAAGCAAAUUAGAAAGAAAUUAUUUUCGAUCAAUGGUCAACAUAAAAGAACUGUAAUACUUUUUAAUGAAUUUACAUAUAUUGAUAAUAGGUCUUCUGAAAUUCAAGAAGAAAUUUUGAAUAUCAAAUAUUGGUCCAAGCAAUAAGAUAUAAUAUUUUCCUAGCUAGAUAUAAAAAGAGCAACUUCAAAGGAAAUAGGUAAAAUUAGAUCUUUAAAUAGUAAAUUUUUUUGAAAGGAUGUUUAUGAAAAAAAUACGAACAACUUUGAAUUAGAAAAUAUUUAUUAUCAUCUAGUUUGGAGUGAGCAUCUAUGUUUUUUUAUUUGCAAUUUGGUUGUCAAUUAAAGAUCCAUCUUUAAUUGUAAAAUAAAAUAAUUUUAAUUUUUUAGAUAAGUAAUAUUUCAUUGGAAAUUUACUGCUUGGCCUUGCUGUGUUUAGGGAUUUCAAAUAUGUUCAUACCAUAUUUUAGUAUUAAAUAUGCAGUAUUUUUAGUUAGAAAAGGAAUAAAGGAUUCAAACACAUAAUGCAUUAAUAGAGUAAACAACAUUUAGUUAGUAAGUCCAAAAUUUUCAGUUGUUUAGUAACUGUUAUCUCAGUCAUAACCCUGAUCAUUGCCUCCAUGUUUUUCUAGUUGCUAUCCUGUCUAAUUAUGUCUAUACUUUUCACGUUUAAUUCAG